AUGUCUUCCCAAGCUCCUCAUCCCACUCUGUUGAUCCCCGGGCCCAUCGAAUUCGAUGAUGCCGUCCUCCAAUCCAUGUCCCACUAUGCCGAGAGCCACGUCGGACCUGGCUUCGUCAAAACCUUUGGCGAAACGCUGAGCUUGGUUCGGAAGCUUUUCCAGUCCACCAGCCCGGCCGCGCAGCCCUUCGUCAUUUCCGGUAGCGGUACCCUUGGCUGGGAUAUCGUCGCCUCCAGCUUGAUUGAGAAGGGCGAGAACGCCCUCGUCCUGCACACCGGCUACUUCGCCGACUCCUUCGCCUCGUGCCUGGAAACGUACGGCGCCAACGCAACCCAACUCAAGGCCCCCGUCGGAGACCGCCCGUCGUUCGAGCAGAUCGAGCAGGCACUGCAGGAGAAGCCCUACAAGGUCAUCACCAUCACGCACGUCGACACCUCGACCGGCGUCCUGAGUGACAUCAAGCGCGUGGCUGAGAUCGUUCGUCGCGUCAGCCCCGAGACCCUGGUGGUGGUCGACGGCGUGUGCAGUGUCGGCUGCGAGGAGAUUGCCUUCGACGCCUGGGACAUCGACGUGGUGCUGACGGCCAGUCAGAAGGCCAUUGGCUGCCCUCCCGGCCUCAGCAUCCUGAUGCUUUCCGGCCGAGCUCUGGACCGCUUCAAGACCCGCCAGACCCCGCCCUCGUCGUACUAUGCCUCGCUGGGAAACUGGCUGCCCAUUAUGCAGAACUACGAGAACUUCAAGCCCUCCUACUUUGCCACCCCACCCACCCAGCUGGUCCACGCUCUGCACACCACGCUGUCUCAGAUCACCGCCCGCCCCAUGGCCGAACGGUUCGCCGUGCACGCGCAGGCCUCGGACCGCGUCAAGGCGGCCGUCGCCGAGCUCGGCCUGACGCAGCUGGCCGCGAAUCCGGAGAACCAGGCCCACGCAAUGACGGCCAUCUGGCUGCCGGAGGGCCUGGCCCCGCCCGACGUCCUCCCCGGUCUGCUGAAGCGCGGCGUCAUCUUCGCAGCGGGUCUGCACAAGGAGGUGGCCACCAAGUACAUCCGAUUCGGACACAUGGGUGUCAGCGUCACCUCGGGACGCCAGGACGUUGACAAUGCCAUUGCGGCCCUGAAGGAGGCGCUCACGGAGGCCAAACAGGCCAAGGGACUGUAA